GAUUUCGAUGUGACACCGGGGCAUUGGAGUAGCCGACUUUAGCGGAGUUAUUGGACUAAAAUACAACGUAUCGUCAUAAAACCGCAAAGGCAUCGGGUGUAAUGAGUUUUCUGGUGCAGCAGCAGGAGCAGCAGCACAUCCAGCAAAGCCCUCUCUCAGCAACAACCAAACCGAUCCGCAGGCGGUGGAACACAGAGCACUACACCCACCUGCUGGCAGGUGCAGCCGACUGUGUUGAGUAGUCAGCAUGGGAGUGAGUGAGUGUAACCCGCCCACCAUCUACCUCCGUCCGCGCGUCAACGACAGCAACAUCACACCUCCGACGGACGAGCCAUGGACAGUCUGGGCAGCCGCUGCAAGAUCGUGGUGGUGGGCGACACGCAGUGUGGCAAGACGGCGCUGCUGCACGUCUUCGCCAAGGACUGCUACCCAGAGAACUACGUCCCCACCGUGUUCGAGAACUACACCGCCAGCUUCGAGAUAGACAAGCAGCGGAUCGAGCUGAACAUGUGGGACACGUCAGGUUCCUCUUAUUACGACAACGUGAGGCCGCUGGCGUAUCCCGACUCCGACGCGGUUCUCGUCUGUUUCGACAUCAGCCGCCCAGAGACUUUGGACAGUGUCAUAAAGAAGUGGCAGGGCGAGACGCAAGAGUUCUGUCCCAAUGCCAAAGUGGUGCUGGUGGGCUGCAAGCUGGACAUGAGGACGGACGUCAACACGCUGAGGGAACUCUCCAAGCAGCGGCUCAUCCCCGUCACACACGAACAGGGAAGCACGAUAGCUCGACAGAUGGGCGCGGUGGCCUACGUGGAGUGCACCUCCAAGGUAUCGGAGAACAGCGUCCGCGACGUGUUCCACAUCACCACGCUGGCGUCGGUGCGGCGGACGCACAAGCCGCAGCUCAAGCGCAGCAGCUCCCGUAGGGGCCUGAAGCGCGUCUCGCAGCUGCCGCUGCCGCCGCUGCCCGGUCGGACUGAGCAAAUGGACCAGGCCCCGGCCACAAGGAAGGACCGGGCCAAGAGCUGUGUGCUGAUGUAGAGGACCCACAACUAUGAAUAUAUACAUGUAUACAUAUAUAUAUAUAUAUGUAUGUAUACACGUAUAUAUAUAUAUGUGUAUAUACAUAUGUAUAUAUAUAUAUUUAUACAUAUGUAUAUAUAUAUAUGUGUGUAUAUAUAU